GGGUCUGGGAUCAAUGGAAGUAGCGAAAGCCCUGAUGACAGGCGCGCAAUUACUCACGCGUCGAAGGUCCAAAAUGAUGGCAAUAUGUUGAGGCAGGAACAGACGAGAUGGUGCUGUAUUGCAGGAGCAUGGUGGGACUACGUGAGGAAAGGACUCAAUGGGAGGGAGAAUCGUUCUAUACGCGGGACAACAUGCAUACACCUGCGAAUUUUUGCAAGUUCAACAACAGAAUUUUAUAUUGUCAUUAUUGUCAGCUCGGGCCAAGUAGGGCUACCUGGCGCUGGAGACAAAUGCUGCCAAAAUGAGGGCAUUCCAGAGUCUCUUCAAGAAACCUACCUGCCUGUUUUUCGCUCUUUCCAUUCGACUUGCCAGAUGAAUUUGCCUGAUGGGCAGAGGAGGCGCAGACCCCAGAAUCUCUCGCACCCUAGCACCGACGGCGACAUCGCUUAUCCGUCAAAUCAACGAUGUCGCUCGUCACAUCGUGUUACAAGCUUAUUCGUAGUAUGUCAUUUUUUUCGGCGGAAUUUUGAGUCGAUCUUAACUCUCAUGCAAAGCCUGCUGGGAACCAACCGACUGAGAUCUUUCCUCGCCUGUUUUCACGAGUCUGUCGAAACAACAUAUCAUCCCAAGGUGUGCAAGCGCGUGAUCUAGGAGCGAAAAGUGCUGACGUUCCAGUUCUAUCUUAGUGAUCCUAUUGCGAAAACACGGAGAUUACAGGAGGACAAGAAAGCGGCCAGGCUUCCGUAGCCUCUCGCAUGGACGUGACUUGUGGAUAUUAUUUCACUGCAUCCCCACACCGUCCAUUCAUCGAGAUCUCUUUAAAUGUAUUAAACACCUUCUGAACGCUCGUGGCGGAGAUUGGCGGGAAAAGCCGUAAUCAUCAGCACCAACGACGACGAAGAAAGCAUUGAAGUCAGUGAUCCUUCUUCAUUGGAAAGGGGGCGCCUGUGUUACUACCAACUACUACUACGUAGCCUGCUGCUGUUCUUCGUUAUUCCUGUUAUUCCUCGACAUCAAUUAAUAUUACAUGUUUCGGUGAUCUCAACCUGGCGAAUGCGUCGGGUAGCCGCGAUGUUCGUUUGUUCAAUAAUUAUCAAUUAUCA